AUGAAAGGCCCUUGCGGCGAGCUCUUCAAACUCCUCGAAUACAUCUCCACUCAAUCGUUAAAGACGAUGUUUCUAUCCUUUACGGCAUCAUGGACAGCUUCUUCACCACGAGAAGUCGUAUCCUGCAUCCAGGAGUGUGGGCGCCUCGGAGCAUCCUUGCGCGAUCUCGAACUGACUGGGAUAUCCCUAAGGAACGACUCAUCGGUUCUACCGGAAGGAGCGCUUGAGCCCAUUAAGCGUUGCACCAUGCUGCGUACCUACAAGUUUUCCGCUGCCACGAUAUGUCUAAAAGACGACAACAUCCGACAAUUAUGCGAAGAGGGAAAUUGGCGUCACCUUGAAGUACUUGAGUUGCCCCGCUGUGUUGGCGGAGAGGCACCAUCUUUCCUCGGAUUAAUAACCCUCGCCGAGCAUUGCCCAGAGCUAAGAAGAAUCUCGCUCUGUAUAGAUUUGACCCUUCAGGAUUAUGAAAGCCUGCAGGCUCAAAAGGCCCUCUCGCGCUUCGCGACCAAUCUGACGCACCUUUCGAUCCUCAAAGCCGCGGCGGAUGGCAUGAUCUCCAGCAACCCGAACGCCGUCAUGCUGGCCAUCGGCGUUUCAGAGUUCCUGGAUCACUGGUUUCCAAAGCUCAUCCCUGACAACAUAGUCGCCCCAACGGCUGACCAGGAGUGGUGGAGGGGUGUCAAGACUAUGAUGGCCAAGUUUCGGCAAUUUAGAGAGAUAAUGUCGAAAGCUGUGAAUUGA